GUUCAGGGUCAGAAAUGCCUUAUGUGGAUCGUCAGAAUCGCAUUUGUGGUUUCCUAGAUAUUGAAGAAAAUGAGAAUAGCGGGAAAUUUCUGCGGCGGUACUUCAUUCUGGACACAAGAGAAGACAGUCUGGUGUGGUACAUGGAUAACCCACAGAAUCUUCCCUCUGGAUCUCCACCUGUGGGAGUCAUUAAACUUACCUAUAUUUCAAAGGUUAGCGAUGCAACCAAGCUAAGGCCAAAGGCAGAAUUCUGUUUUGUUAUGAAUGCAGGGAUGAGAAAAUACUUUCUACAAGCCAAUGAUCAGCAGGACCUAGUUGAAUGGGUAAAUGUUCUGAACAAAGCUACCAAAAUCACAGUACCAAAGCAGUCUGAUCCUCUGUGUCAAAUGGAUAAUGCAAAUCGUCAAGCUGAAAGCCCAGGUGGAAAGAAGCAAGUGUCUUACAGGACAGAAAUUGUUGGCGGUGUUCCUAUCAUUACACCUACCCAGAAAGAAGAAAUCAGUGAGUGCAGUGAAGGGGGUGAUAGGAAUUAUUUGAAACGGUCACAAAGUCACCUUCCAUAUUUUACUGCUAAGCAUCCCCCAGAUAAUGCUAUUAUCAAAGCUGGCUACUGUGUAAAACAAGGAGCAGUGAUGAAGAACUGGAAGCGAAGAUACUUUCAGUUAGAUGAAAACACAAUAGGAUAUUUCAAGUCUGAACUGGAAAAGGAACCUCUCAGGGUUAUACCACUUAAGGAGGUCCAUAAAGUUCAGGAAUGCAAGCAAAGUGAUAUAAUGAUGAGAGACAAUCUUUUUGAAAUCGUAACAACUUCUCGAACCUUUUAUGUACAGGCGGACAGUCCAGAAGACAUGCACAGUUGGAUAAAAGCAAUUUCUGGGGCCAUUGUAGCACAGCGAGGACCUGGAAGAUCAGCAGCUUCCGAGCAUACCGAACCUUCUUCCGAACCCAACCAUGCUCUCCGUUCUGCCGUCCCAGCCCCAGCCACCUCACAUUCCACAGCCGCUCACGGCAGCCCUCUGGUCCCAAACCCUCACGCCAAAUACCCUGCCUUGGAGAAGCGAGGAUUUCACGAAUCUUUUACCAAGGCCAAGCCAGGGAGCUACAAGAUCCAGGUUGUCGCUCCAAGAGAAUCAGCUUCCAAAGUGACUGAACAGGGCCUCUCGGAACCCCAAAGUAAAAAUGGCACUCAGGAACAGGAUCCUGGCCUUGUGGAUCUGGAUGAUGCAAGCCUUCCAGUUAGUGAUGUGUAGUGAUGGAAGUGUUUGGAGAAUGAUCCAUUUGUUCGGUCCUCUAAUUUCCUUGCUCGGACUUUUAACCAAAGAAAAUUAUAGGAAAUGAGAACAAAAAA